AUGGAUUUUACACUUCCAAAAUGUAAGGACCAUCCAAAUCAUACUUGUGAAUUCUUGUGCAGGCAAUGUAGAGCUGUGAUUUGUGGUAAAUGUCUUAUCAAUUCCCACAACAAGCAUUUCAUGGAAGAUCUUGAAGAUGUCUGGAAAUCAAAGAAAGAGAUAAUUGAGAAAGAUCGUGAAGUCGUUACACUUUAUCGCGAUCUUGAAGAGAAUAUCGCUUUGGAGGAGGAAGAAAUGAAAAAGAAAUACGAAUCCAUAGAAAAUGACAUCAUACAACAUGGAAAAAGGCUUGAAGAAGCUGUAAGGAAAGCCAAAGAUAGUUAUCUGGAAAGGUUAACCGAGAAAAAGAAAGAAGAGUUUAUACUCCUGAAGAAACAGAAAGAUGUCAUCAAAAACAAUUUAGAAAAAGUUCGCAAAAUGGAUCUUGUUAUACCAGAUAGUCGCAGUACCAGUGAAGAAAUCCUCGCCUUCUGUACGUUAGACGUUAAACCUCUACCUGAGGUGCCGAAACUUAAAAAGACAUCACCUCCAGAUUUUGUUCCAAAUAUGAACUUGUUGGAGGGAAUAACCGAAAAUUUUGCAAACCUAGCAAUUUGA